UGUGGCGAGAGUGUCAGCUGACCACACAGGGAAAUUUUGUUAGCGAAACUAUCGGGAACAGCUAUGUCCCCUUUCAGUGAUCAAGUUAUUGAUCGAUCCCUGCCUGUAGAGUAUAUACUGACGCUAUACCAUUUCUAAAAGAAUUGACAGCGUUUGUAUUAUUGAAGCCGAGUCUCCUGAAUCGGGUCUGACACCAUGCUAGCCACAGUAACUGCUGUGGUUAGGUUUUCGCAAUACAAUGGCAGCGUUACACCCUCACCUCUGGAGAACACAUCUGCUUUCCCAACCUGGCAGUCUGACACUGAGAGCAACAUCACCAAGCCUCACAGAUGUCUUCAAGUUUUGUACGAGGAUGUUGGAAACUCCAGAGUGCGGUUCUGGGACGUUUUCCUACUUGUGCCUAAUGUGGCCUUCUUUAUAUUCUUGAUGUGGAAGCUGCCCUCAGCCAGGGCGAAGAUUCGACUCACCUCCAGCCCCAUCUUUGUCACAUUUUACCUGCUGGUUUUUGUUGUAGCAGCGGUUGGAAUCACCCGUGCUGUUGUGUCCAUGACUGUCAGUGCAUCCAGCGCUGCCACCAUUAUAGACAAAGUGCUAUGGGAAAUCACCCGUUUCUUCUUGCUGGCUAUUGAGCUCAGCGUCAUCAUCUUGGGACUGGCUUUUGGUCACCUUGAGAGUAAAUCCAGUAUAAAGCGUGUGCUGGCCAUCACUGCUGUGCUGGCUUUGGCCUACUCCAUCACACAGGGCACUCUAGAGAUCUUGUACCCUGACAGCCACUUGUCUGCUGAGGACUUCAACAUCUACGGUCAUGGAGGACGACACUUCUGGCUGGCCAGCUCCUGCUUCUUCUUCCUAGUUUACUCUUUGAUUGUGAUCCUGCCUAAAACUCCAGUGAGAGAGAGGAUCUCUCUUCCCUCUAAAAGGAGUUUCUAUGUGUACGCUGCCAUCCUGUCUAUACUAAACCUGGUCCAGGGACUGGGCAGCUCCCUGCUCUGUGCUGGAGUCAUAGAAGGACUCUGCUGUGUUGAUGUCACCACCUUCCUCUACUUCUCCGCCUUUGCUCCGCUCAUCUAUGUCACAUUCUUGAAGGGUUUCUUUGGUUCAGAGCCAAAAAUCCUCUUCUCAUACAAGUCGCAGAUGGAUGAGCCAGAUGAAAGUGAUGUCCACCUUCCCCCAACUGUCGCUGCUGCCCUGGGCAGGAAGGAGCUGACAGACCAGGGUCUGUACUACUCCUCCACCCAGAUUGAUGGCUCUGGUCCGGGCAGCUCACGUGUGGUUGGAGCGUACCUGGAUGAUGUUGCAUCUGGACCCUAUGGGUCCAGCAGCAUUAACAGCAUUGAAGCUGACCGCUGGAGACCUAUCAAUGUGUGAAACAUUAAAAAGGAGAGUGGAAGAGAAGAGAGGGACAUACAGUUGGACUUACAUGAUGUGAGGGUUUGUAAAAGCGUGCCAUCAGAGGUGUUGGCCAAAAAAUGCAGGACAAAGUUGUGGGACACCAGGAAAGGGCCAUGUUGGUGUGAAUUUGACACCAAGAAGUGUUCACUUUAAGUGGACACUUGUGAAGACCUUUGCUAGCCAGGAGGAUUAUGACUUUAGCAAAGCUUUUAUAACACUGAUGCCAGAGUGCAAUGCUGCUGUAGCUCCACACUAUGAGUACUGUCCCUGCUCUGCAGUCACGACAGACUGAAUUGAUUCAGUUCAGCUUUCAAGUGAGAGCUUUUCAACAACUUUUCACAUAUUUUCUGUCAUUCCAGCAUCAAGCAUUAAUGCAUAAUCCUCAGCGAUGAAGUCUAUCUGUGGUUCAAGAAUACCACAUCUGUAAAAUCUAACUUUCUUUUUUGAUGAAAAUUCAGCAUCUGUACAUUCCUACCCAAAGCUUUGAGAAAUAGUAUCUACUGACUUUAGGGUCUGCUGCUGCCUUUUGUAACAUGAAUCAAUUGGCUAAUCAUUUUUUACAGAAUCACUGUGCCUACCUUAACAGGAAAAGGACUAGUGCUAAUUAAUUUCCAUUGGUUUAUGUUGUCCUAUAAAAUAGGGGCUGUCACUCUUGUAAUCAGGCAAAGUGUGAUGUGUGAUGUUUGUCCCUAAUAGAAGCAAUGGAUUCAUGUCAAAGAUCACAAACCAUUUAGGCUCUUUGCUUAGUUAAGCUUUGAUAAGAACAAAGUGCUAUUUGUCAUUUCUUUCCUCUUUAAUUUAUUAUUCUAAUACCAGAUGUAUCAUUCCUGCUACUAAACGCGCAUUUGAGUUCUCCAUAUUCAAGAAAAAAGUGUUACUCCAAAUGUGAUUUGAAUGACAAAUCUGCAUAAAACCAUUUUUAUGUACUUCAAAAAGCCCAUGCACUCUUUUCUUCUUAGCAGUCCUUUCCUUGCUGCUCAAGUACUGCUGUUUAUAUGAUUAUUUCUUUCCUGUUUUUAGAUUCCACAAAUCCUGUCAUUGUUAAAGAAAAUAGACCAUGAUUCAACAAUUUUAGUACAUGUCAUGAUGAUAGUCAUGCAGUUUUAUUAUAGGGAUGAAAUUCCCCAUUAACAAUCUGGAGACGACAGGCUGUUUCAACAUUAGUAAGACUCAUCAUCAUGUUUAAGCUAAAGGCAAACCUUCUAGACUGUUGCAGACCACAUUUUAAGCUCAGAUCAAUUUAAGGCUUGACUUGUUAGCUUCUUUUUCCAGCUUUCAAAAUCUUGUUCUGUCUGAUCUCUUGGUAUUACCCCAAUGUCAUACUUAGGUAUUUUGUAAACCACCUCACAUCUCAUUUGCGUUUUUCUUCAGAGGAAGAAUAAUGUGUGUGACUGUUUCCCUGGAAGUGCUUGGUGUGAGUGGAUUCCUGUAUUUAUGAUAGCAGUAUUCAUAGACUGAUAGGACCUUUAUGCAGAAAGACUUGCAUUUAUUUUCUCCAAAUGAAAUGCCACAGAUACGGUUAUGUAUUUCCAAGAAGCAACGGCAUCUGUUUGUGAUUGUUUUCUAUUCAAAUCUGAGUUUUGGAUUUUAAUAAGAGGAGAUCUUGAGAACAGUUUGCUGUUAGAUGACAUGACUUUAUAAGGUGCAUCCACAUGAUUUCUGAUUUGAAAUGAUUUCACAUGAUCUGUUCAUUGCCUUUUUAAGUUUAAUGAUUGUAUAAUAUUCACCCCAUAUUCAUACAAUGUUUUGAUGAUUGAUGUGAUGUGGCCUACAAAAUAAA